AUGGAGCUCGGAGAUAAGUUGAGAGAGCUAAACAUGACAGACGAUGAAAUCAAGAGGCUUUCUAAAGCUUUCAAGGAUGACAAAUUCAGAGAAAUGCUUCAUGAUUACGCCCAAGAAAUCUCAGACCCCGGUAACAGGAAGAAAUAUGAAGAGGAGAUCAGACUUUGGGAGCAGGAGAGAGGCUUUAGUGCUGAGUUCAUUCAACCCACACCAUUUAUGGUGAUAAGAACCAGCGUGGCUGGCGAGCAAAAGUGCUUCAUCAACAUCUGCAGCAAUGAGAACAUUGGAAAGCCCACAUCUAAGUUUGAUGUGUCGGAGAACGGCCAGAGAGGUCAGCGUUGGUCCCUACCUUACAUUACGCAUCCAGGGAGGCAAGAUACAAACCCUAAAGGAAUCAAAUUCAUGAUUUAUGAUGUUAUUUUCCACCCUGACACCCUUCACAUAGCAAGCAAAAGCAAGGCAUUUAUGAACAUGGUAACUGACACAGCCAUUCAGGGAAUCCAAGACGGCUUCAAAGUGACGUUGGACAAAAACAAUGUGAAAGAGAUGAAAACUAAGUACAAAGGUGUCCUGCAGUCUUGUAUGAUCCGGAAACCCAUACCUGGAUAUGAAGCCAAGGAGCCGGCGGAUCAUCACGACCCUCUUGCUUUUCUCCACUCGGAUGAUGCAACUGCACAGAAAAAGCCUGUGGAGUCUCCUUUGUCAAGAAGCAGUGAUGUUAACCCCAUAAGUUUCCAGAUCCAACCACAGCAAGCCAAAGAGCCAACAAAGCCAAAUUACACUGUAAAAUAUAGAUCUUGCAUUGAUUUACAAGAUUUUAGGUGCUCUAGAGACUCUGCCAAAGGCCCCAGACCUAAAGAGAUUGUUGUUACCAUUGAUUUGCCACUGCUUAAGUCGGUCAGAGACACCAACCUUGAAGUUAAAGAGAAAAGCCUGCUGCUGGAGUCCAAGCGGCCAGCGUACAGACUGGAGCUGCCUUUAAGCUACCCUGUGGAUGAAGAGAAAGGAGAAGCCAAGUUCAACAAACUGAGAGGACAACUGACUGUCACGCUGCCCAUUCGUCCUCUUCAUGUUGCUUUUGAUUCUUUUGUUGGACCUGCUGCAUCUGAAAGUGAUUCUAAGAGUGAUGGUGAGAGUCAAGAGGAAAGAAGUGGAUUUGAAGAAGAGGACACAUGUAAAGAGGGGGGAAGAAUGAAAAGAGAAAAGGUGGAGCAAACCGGUCUUGAGAUGAAUAGAGCAGAGGAAAGCCACAUGGAAAAGCAGGAGACAAGAGCAGAGAAAGGUGAAGAAGUAGAAGAAAGUCACAAGGAGAAAGUAGAGCAAAGUCAAAAAGGUGAAGAAAAAGAAAAGACUGGAGGAGAGCAGGAAAAGAAAGACAGACAACGCAAAGAGAAGGGAAUUGGAUUGAAAGUUCAAAAAAGUGAUAGAAUUCCCAAAAAUGAAGUCAACACGAAUGCAGAGAAAUUUAAAAAACAGGUGGGAACGGAUGUUGCACUUCAGAAUCCCGUGUCCAGUGAGGUUUCGUUCAACCCUGCUGCGUCAGCCAGAGCACAGAAAUACAAGGUGUGCAUUUCAGAGGGAGGUGUUAAGCCCAGAAGGAUGCCUGAAGCAGAUCCUUGUUCUGCAGAGCUCACCUCUGACUCUGAUAAGAACGUGGGCAAGGAGGAGCUAGAUGAAGACGACCUGCAAACAAAGCAAAUCUUCCAAACUACAGGGCACGACAAGAAGCCACCAACUGCAUUAUUGAGAGAGAUUGAUGCAGAUGGGACUGAGACGGUAAUCAGUGACCAUUCCACAUCAGCCGGGUUCAACUUCCAGAACAAAAUGAUGUAUGAACUGGACUGA